AUGACUACAGCACACAGACCCACAUUCGAUCCGGCACAAGGGAAGGAAGCCUUGCGCGGCCCUGCCUACCACCAGCGACUGCUCCCAGCACAUACGCACUUGAAGACUCGUCAACUCGGUCAGGGUGGUGAAGGCGAAGCUCAACAACGCGAUUUGCGCGCCGAAUUGCUCCAAGCCGAAGCCGCUCAUUUUGCGAAGAAGAGGGGUAUCCCCGUGGAUGAACCAACUGUCGAUAGCGCAGCACCCAAACGCCAAAUAGAAGGUGGUUCAUCUGGCGGCGAUCCAAUUGGGACGGAGGAUGAAGAUCCGGAAGCCAAACGGCGGCGAAUACUAGAGGAGACGCGGGACAUAGAUGCGGAUUCGGAUGGGUCAGAGGAUGACAGUAGUGAAGAAGAAAGUGAUGAUGAAGAUGAGGCCGCCGAGUUGAUGCGAGAACUAGAAAAAAUCAAGAAGGAGAGACAAGAACAGAAGGAGAAAGAAGAGCGCGAACGUGCUGCUGAAGAGGAAGAGAAACGGGAAUAUGAUAUUGCUAAAGGAAACCCGCUGCUUAACGCUCAGGACUUUAACUUGAAACGUCGCUGGGAUGACGACGUGGUUUUCAAGAACCAAGCCAGGGGAACCGAGGAUAAGAGAGGAAAGGAGUUUGUCAACGAUCUGUUGCGGUCGGACUUCCACAAGAGGUUUAUGGGCAAGUACGUCAGAUAG